AAAAUAUUUAUUAAAUCUUUAAUAUAUUAUUCAUUAAAGCUUAUUUGUAAAAUUAAGGAGCGAGGAUUCGAGAUCGAAAUACUUUAUUUAUUUUAUUAUUCGUUAGGGCGAAAAUAUAAAAUAUUAAAAGGUAAAUUAAAGUAUUAUAAGUAUAUACGUCGUAGUCGUUUUUAUAAUACGAUUAUUAGUAUUAUAUAA